AUGACCUUCAGCAUUCCGCCGCUUCCGUGGGGCUAUGACGGUCUUGCCGCCAAGGGCAUAUCGAAGGAGCAGGUGAGGUUCCACUACGACAAGCACCACCAGGGCUACGUGACGAAGCUGAACGCUGCAGCACGUACACACCCCGCCCUCGCCAGGAAGACGAUUGAACAGAUUAUCAAGACAGAGAAGGGCCCUGUCUUCAACCUCGCUGCACAGAUCUUCAACCACACCUUCUACUGGGAAAGCAUGUGCCCCAACGGCGGUGGCGAGCCGAAGGGCAAACUCGCAGAGGAGAUUAACGCUUCGUUCGGAAGCUUCGCCAAGUUCAAGGAGGAGUUCACCAAUGCAGCGGUGGGGCACUUUGGUUCCGGCUGGGCGUGGCUCGUCAAGGACACCGCGUCGGGCAAGCUAAAGGUUUACCAGACACACGACGCCGGCUGCCCGCUGACGGAGAGCCACCUGAAGCCGAUCAUCGCAUGUGAUGUCUGGGAGCACGCGUACUACAUUGACUACAAGAACGAUCGUGCGGCGUACGUGCAUAUAUUCUGGAAUGUCGUCAACUGGAAGCAGGCGGAGUACAAUCUCAGGAAGAGUGAGACCCCGAACUGGCGUAGUGACCUCUGA